GUUGCUGGUUGGUGCACCUCGACAAAAAGCUUUCCCAUCACAGCUGGCCAACAGAACUGGAGGCCUGUACAGCUGUGACAUUCGCUCUCCAGAUGUGCCGUGCAUACGCGUACAAUUUGAUGAGAAAGCUGAUCUGACAAAAGAAAGCAAGGAAGACCAGUGGAUGGGUGUAACUGUCCGAAGUCAAGGGCCUGGGGGAAAAGUGGUGACUUGUGCACAUCGCUAUGAGAAAAGGCAAUUUGUAAAUACAAUUCAGGAAACCCGAGAUAUCAUUGGAAGGUGUUAUGUCCUGAAUCAGGAUCUCACCAACAGUGAAGACCUGUAUGCUGAGCCGUGGAGUUUCUGUGAAGGCCGCUUGAGAGGGCAUGAGAAGUUCGGUUCAUGCCAACAAGGUGUUGCUGCCACUUUUACCAGAGAUUAUCAUUAUGUCGUCUUUGGGGCACCUGGUACUUAUAACUGGAAAGGAGUGGUUCACGCAGCGCAAAAGAAUCAGACCUUUUAUGAGAUGGGUAUCUUUGAGGACGGGCCUUAUGAAGUCGGUGAUGAGAACCUUCAGAAUGAGAACCUAGUUCCUGUUCCAGCAAACAGUUACUUAGGUUUUUCUCUGGACACUGGGAAAGGGAUUGUUUCUCAGGAAGACGUCACAUUUGUUUCGGGAGCCCCAAGAGCAAACCACAGUGGAGCUGUGGUCCUCUUGAAGAAAGACAGCGUCCUCCAGCGGUCAUUGUCUCUUGUGCAUGUGCUUGAGGGGGAGGGGCUGGCCUCUUCCUUUGGCUAUGACGUGGCCGUUGUGGACCUCAACAGUGAUGGUUGGCAAGAUAUUGUUGUCGGAGCACCCCAGUAUUUUGACAGAGAUGGAGAAAUUGGUGGCGCUGUGUAUGUUUACAUUAAUCAGCAGGGCCAGUGGCCAAGGGUAAAGCCAAUUCGGCUCAACGGAACAACAAACUCCAUGUUUGGAAUUGCAGUUGAAAAUAUUGGUGAUAUUAAUCAAGACGGCUUUCCAGAUAUUGCUGUAGGGGCUCCGUAUGAGGGAAAGUACGGCAAGGUGUAUAUCUAUCAUGGCUCCAAGAAUGGAAUAAAUACAAAAUCAGCACAGAUUCUUGAUGGAGAGGGAGACGGUGUUUCAUACUUUGGUUAUUCAGUCACCGGAAAUAUGGAUCUUGAUCAAAACGGCUACCCUGACAUUGCUGUUGGGUCCCUUUCAGAUUCUGUGUCUGUUUUCCGAUCGAGGCCUGUGGUAAAUAUUAAGAAAACCAUUGAGAUAUCUCCAGACAGUAUUGACCUAAACAACAAGAACUGCCAUGAACCCAGUGGGAUUUGCAUGAAUGUUAAAGUGUGCUUUGAAUACACAGCAAGCUCCAGGGACUAUAACCCCAAAAUGUUUCUGGACUUUACAAUUGAAGCAGAAAAUGAUCGGCGGCGUUCAGGUUUGCCGUCCAGGGUGUACUUUUCUAGGCGCUCCUCCGAUCAGUUGCUCGGAAGUGUGACCCUCACUGGGCAGAAGAAGAAAGAGUGUGUGAUCACCACCCUCGUGCUGCAGGAAAAGAUCAAAGAUAAACUGCGCCCAAUUCCUGUAACGGUGGGUGUUACAAUCAAUGGCUCAAACUCUACCUCACCAGCGUCUAGGAGAAGGCAAGGACGAUCACUCCCAGAACUGGUUCCAAUUCUGAAUUCAAAUGAGCCCAGAACAGUUCAUUCAGAAGUCCAGUUCCUGAAAGAAGGCUGUGGGGUAGACAACAAAUGCCACAGUAAUCUGAAGCUCCAUUACAGAUUUUGCACCAAGGAAGGCAGUGAGGACAAAUUUGCUUAUUUCCCAAUAGAGAACAACGUUCCCGUUCUUGUCCUCAAAGACCAGAAGGACAUCGCCCUGGAAAUCACCGUGACAAACAGUCCGUCAGAUCCAAGAGACCCACAGAAAGAUGGGGAAGAUGCUUAUGAAGCUAAAUUUAUUGCCACCUUCCCAGAUAGCCUGACUUACUCUGCUUUCAGGGAGUACAAGGGCUUUCCAGAAAAACAGCUGAUCUGCGGGGCUAAUCCAAAUGGCUCUCAAGUGGAGUGUGAGCUUGGGAAUCCUUUCAAGAGAAAUUCUAAUGUUACGUUUUAUGUGAUUUUAAGUACAACUAAAGUUAAUGUUGACACAAGGGACCUGAACAUUAGCCUGAAAUUGGAAACAACAAGCAAUCAAGUUAAUUUGGAUCCAAUUACUGCUCAUGCCAAAGUAUUUAUUGAACUGCUUUUGUCACUCACAGGGAUUGCCAAGCCUUCCCAGGUCUACUUCGGAGGUCAAGUCAUUGGCGAAAGUGCUAUGAAAUCUGAAGAUGACAUUGGAAGCUUAAUUGAAUAUGAGUUCAGAAUCACCAACUUGGGCAAAUCCCUGAAAACAUUUGGUACGGCUUCCUUGGACAUCCUUUGGCCGAAGGAACUCAUGGGAGGCAAGUGGCUGCUGUAUUUAGUGUCCGUACACUCGAAAGAAUUAGGAGAACUCCAGUGUGACCCUCCCCAGGAAAUAAACCCUUUGAAUCUUGAGUUGUCUCGAAGUUCAAGGACAAAACGUGAAGUUGCAGAGAAACAGACAACGGGAGGCUACAGUUUGCCAUUGAUUUCAGAAAGGAAGUAUAAGACUUUGGAAUGCAAUGUGGAAGCCAACUGUGUCAGGAUAAGAUGCCCCUUGCAAGGCUUGGACAACAAAGCAUUGGUAGUGUUGCGUUCCAGAUUGUGGAAUAGCACUUUCCUAGAGGAAUUCUCCAAAAUGAACUAUCUAGACAUUCCCCUGAAAGCUACCAUCAGCAUUGAUGAUGCUGCAGAUAAUAUUAAGCUGUCAAAUGAAGCGCCCAACGUGCGGGUUACUGUCUUCCCUGCCAAGACAGUGGCAUUGUAUAAAGGGGUGCCUUGGUGGAUCAUUUUGGUAGCUAUACUUGCAGGAUUGCUAAUGCUUGCUCUGCUGGUGUUUUUACUAUGGAAAUGUGGGUUCUUCCAGCGUUCCAGGUACGAUGACAGCAUCCCCCGCUACCACGCUGUAAGAAUUCGGAAAGAGGAGAGGCAGAUCAAAGAUGGAAAAACUAAAGAGAAUCAUGGGAAGAAACAGUGGAUCACAAAGUGGAAUGAAAAUGAAAGUUAUUCGUAGAGGAACCCCCCCCCCCCCGACUGAAGACUCAAAGUAUCUGGAUUCACAUGAUGGACAGAUGAAGACUAAUGUACAGAAAUGGCUGCUUUUUUUCUGUAGAUACUGUUACUUUUCUAUCAAAGCCUUCAUCUGUUUUUCAGAUCUAAAUUUUAAGUCAAAUCUCAAGAUUCCAGUUAAAAUGCAAAUCGUCACUCUGGAAAAAGAGACAAUAACCUGGGUCAGUUCUGAGGGACCUUUUUUUUAUUUGAUGAGUGAAUUUUUUAAAAGAUUUUUUUUUUCAACCUGCAUCGCUGUCAUGUUGACCAACAUUUCACUCAACCCCCCCCCCCAAACCUAGAAUAUGUUUUUCCAAAUCGCAGACAUGUGGAAGCUGGAGAUAAUCAUUUAUUGGUGAGAGGCAUUCCCCCACAUGGUCAGAAGUUAUUUCUUUAUUAGGAUUAAGCCAUGGUGAUGAAGAGAGGUUCUAGCCUCUGAUGGACUGUGGCUCAGAUUAAAAGCUAGACUUUGUCCGUGUAAUUUAAAUUAGGAGUUCUUUCGGUUUUAAGGUGUGGGGGGGAAAUACUCAUUUGGACUUUGAGUGACUUGAAAGAGAUGGUAUUUUGUGUCUCCCUCCCUAUUGGAAAAUAUUGCAUGUGAUCAGAAGGAAAUAUCUCCUGAUAGAUGUCAAGCUUUGAUGUACUAGUUCUGGUUUUCUGACCUUGAGUGUCUUUGUGCUUUCAUAAAAAUGCAUGGGAUGGGUGUAGACAGAGUUGGUUGCAUUUAGUUCCCAUUUAAAUAACUGGUGCUUUCAAUUAAGCCAUAACUAACUUACUGCACAGAUUUCUGUGGGAGCUAAAUUAGGCUGGAUCCAAUCCUCGGUGCUCAAGAACUGAUGCAAAACUGCUGUGGUUUGUAAAUGAAUAGUGCUUACACACAGCUUUAGCUGGAACUCAAGUUCAUGUGGAAGUGAUUCCUCCCAUUUAUGGUUGUGCAGAACUACUCAGCUGUUUAAAGCUGAUGUUUCUUUUAGAACUGUAACAGUCGAAGUGCAGGGAAUGGGGGAAGAGUUAAAACUUGCAUACCCACCCCCCAUAAAAGUACUACCAUUAUAAUACACAACGGCAUGGGUUUGAGUUUUUCAGGUGAAUUUCAGGUCUCUAAAUCUAUGAAUGCCUUGUUUUAAAAUUUACGUGUAGUUAUAGUAGGUAAGUAGGAUCUUAAAUGUGCAAUAGGUCAGGUUUCAAUAAUGUUUUAAGAUUCAGUUAGUCCAAAUCUGUUGCUCACACCAAAUCUACAAAGGUUUGUUUUUUAAAGCUUGAAUAUUGGUUACACUUUUUUAUGUAUAUACUGUAAAUCAUUCGUAUAUAUUUAUUUUUGCCGUGAAAUAAAUCUUUGUCUUUGACUAACUGUGAAGCCAAAGAUUUUUAUCUGAGUGUUAAAAAUAGUGAGCAAUAGUAUAUAGAAGAGUUCAGUUGUUAGUAGAGAUGGGCAUGAACCGGUUCGUAAAGGCGACAGCACAGGUGAUGCUGCUCCCCUUUCCCUUCCCCCCCCCCGCUUCUGGCUCAAACAGCCAAUCACCAAGCUGAGCUUGCUAGCUUCCUGCACCCCCCCCCAUCUGAUCUCCCAGGCCCAAAAACAGCUCAGGCUUCUCUGCCUUGCCCUCUUGGGCAAUCAGGCGAAAAGGCUGGGCAGAGAAGUCUGUGCUCUUGCUCCUGACUGGGAGAUGAGCCAAGGAGGUGAUUAAAAACAAGCAAGCUUGGCCUGCUGAGUCGCUUUUUGAGCCACAAGAGAUGGGGGAGGGGAGCAGCAGCACCAGUGCUGUCGCCUUGACGAACCAGGACGAACCAGUUUGUGCCCAUCUCUAGUUGUUAACAGUGGAAUACUAUGCAUGUCCAGCGAGAAAUAAGUGCCAUUGCAUUCAGUAAGACUUACUCCCAGGUAAGUGGGUAUAGUAUCACAGCCUAAAAUUGAACACUUUCCACCAAAUGUGCCAAUACUUUUGAAUUUCAAUGACUGAAAUAUUCUAGCAAAGCUAUUUACAUAGGUCUGAUUAUAUCAUAGGGAGGUAUUGUAUCUUUUAAAUAACAUGUGCACUAAUGCAUACGUACAGAUGUUUUAUCUAUAGAUGUUUUAUAUAACUAACUUAAUGGUCAAAAAGAUAAGUGUUCUGACAAGUAGGGAAAGAGGGGAGGUUUUUUAGCAAUAUGUUUGGAACAAGAUUUAACUACUGCAGAUGUUACAGCACUUGAAAGAAAACAUAAGCUCCAAAAUUUAAUUAUGGAUCCGUACUGGUCCAAUUUUAGACUACUGAGUAAAUGUCCGAAAUAUCAAGUUUUAACAGUCGCAUAUGUUUGUGCUAUUUUAUGUUUUGUGACAAACAUAUCUGCAGUUUUUAAGCUAUGUCUAAAAAAUUAUUGGUACUGAUUAAAUAAGGGUUAUAAACAUGCCAUAAUAUAUACUGUAUAUAAAAUAUAAACAAAACUUUUACUGUGUGGAUAUCUGAAAGAAGUGAUGGAAAUUAUGCAAACCAAUAUACAUUUACCAUUACCAACCAGAUGUAGUAUGCCUGUUCUCCAUACUAAGGAUGGCCAAAGUCUGGUCAGUGGGCCCUAUAUAGUGCUCAGGCACAUUUUAGUUCACCUGAGGAAAGCUUUUUUUAAAACCAAAAUGGUCCAUUUCUGCUCCUGGAGGCAUUCAGGAGCAGCAGUAUCUACACAGGGGCCUGGGGAAGAGGAGAGUCAUCCCUUAAUGCCUCUUCUCCCCAAGAACAUUAACAUUGGAAGUACCUAUAUGGGCACUUCUUUUUAGGUUGGUUUUUUUAUGACUCAAAAGGCUUCUUGUGGCCCAUGGAGGUAGGCUGGGGGUACAAAACUGGCCCCAAAGCUGCUUUAGCUUGCUCAUUAUUGCUCUGUAGAUACACUACAAAAAAUCAUAGUGUUGUGGGAGGAAGAUGGUUAUCUUUUCUAAGGUUUGUUUUCUGGUUGUUAAUUUAACUUUCCCUUAUUUUUCAAAUAAGUCUCAUCUCAAAUUUUAUAGAAAUUGUUAAUUUUUUAAAAAAUGUUUAUGAAAUAUGUAAAUUAUCUUUUGUCAAAACUCAGUUACAUUCUGGUGCCUGAUACUGUAGUCCACCAAACAGUUUUGGUUUUCUGCUCCCUGGUUCAUUUAAAUGGGGCUGACACAGGGGCCCUGUAGUAGUAGUAUUUGUUGUGAAGAGCAUCUUAACGUUUAAAAUCACAUCUCUGUGACUGAGAUUAGUCACAUGAAAAGAUAGAACUUUGAAACAGUACUGUAUAUUUUUUUAAAAAACCAAUCAGAAUUGUCAGCUGUGAUUCCGGUGCCUUCUCAAAAAGCAUAUAUGGGCAGUGUUAAAUUAGGGCUGAAUUGAAAUAAAACUAUCAUCUCAAGUCAUGUCACUGAUAUAUAUUCAUUUUAUAUAUUGACUAUUACUAACAUCUAAUGUAAGUCAUGGCUAAAAAUUACCUGUGGAUAUUUCUAUAAAAGUGUGGAAAUAAAUUUUGUAUGAAAAAA